AACUAACUAUCCCGAGCUCUGUAGAAUUUAGUAAGAGUUUCAAAAGUAUCUUAUCUCCCUCCUACCAAGGACCAUCAUCAGAUUACAAUCAUGGCUGCUGCUCCCCCACCACUCCAUUUAGUGAUCUUUCCUUAUAUGGCUCAGGGCCAUACCAUCCCAUUACUAGACAUCUCAAAAGCCUUUGCAAUCCGUGGACUAAAGGUCGUCAUCAUCACCACCCCAUCAAAUGCUCCAUUUAUUGUUUCUGAAACCUCCAACCAUCCUAAUAUUUCUUUGUCAAUCAUCCCAUUUCCAAGAGUUCCAGAGCUUCCUGAAGGAUGUGAGAACACUGCUGACCUUCCUUCAAUGGCUCUGUUGAGUACUUUUAUCGAAGCCAUCAAGAAAAUGAAACAACCAUUUGAGGGAGUUCUCAGAGACAUGAUUGAUGAUGGGCAUCCCCCGAUUUGCGUGAUCUCCGACUUCUUUCUAAGUUGGACACUCGAUUCAUGCCGUUCGUUAGGAAUCCCACGCAUUGUUUCCCAUGGAAUGGGAGCUUUGCCAAUGGCUAUUUGUAAGUCUCUCACUUUGCUUCCCCUUAGAACAAAGCCUUCCACAGAUUUGGACCAUUUAGAAUUGCCAAACCUGAAGCUGCCAUUCACGUUGCUCAAAGCCGACAUCCCUGAGGGCCUCCUGGAUUCUGAUCCGAAUGACCCUUUUGCACGCAUCAUUGUAGAGACUGCGGAAGCGGAUAUCAACAGCUGGGGUGUUCUUGUUAACAGUUUUGAGGAGCUCGAGGGGGACCAUGUUGGUGCAUUUGAAUCUUUCUAUUUCAACGAUGCUAAAGCAUACUGUCUAGGACCACUUUUUCUGUACAAUAAGCUUAAACAAGAAGUGGAGGCUGAGAAGGUGCAAAUGCAAUCCUAUUCCUACAUCAAAUGGCUUGAGAAGCAAGCUGGUUCUGAUAGCAGUGCCGUGAUCUAUAUUUCAUUUGGCACCCAAGCACACUUGUCGGACGAUCAACUCGAUGAGAUUGCCUUUGCGUUGGAGAUGGCUGAACAUCCAUUCAUUUGGGUGGUGAGGUCAAGGACUUGGGCUGCACCUGAGGGAUGGAAAGAGAGGGUGAAGGAGAAAGGGUUGGUUUUACAUGAUUGGGUGGACCAAAGAAGCAUCCUUUCCCACCCUGCAACAGGAGGAUUUUUGAGUCAUUGUGGAUGGAAUUCCAUGUUGGAAAGCAUUUCAAUGGGUGUCCCACUUUUGGCUUGGCCGAUGCUUGGUGUUUCAGACCAGGAACUGAAUGCCAAGUUUAUCGUUUUGGGAUGGGGAGCUGGGUUAAUGAUGCCACACAGAGGUGAUGGUGGGGAGAAAAUCAUGACCGUUGGUCGUGAUGUGAUUUGUGAUAGAGUGAAUGAGUUGAUGGGAGGUGGGAAAGGGAGAAAGGCUAGGGAGAGGGCACAAGCAUUGGGGAGAAUGGCAAGAGGUGCUGUGGAAAAAGGUGGUUCUUCUGAUAAGAAAUUGGACCAACUGAUUGAUCAACUCAGCAAUAAAAAUGGAAAAUCCUGAUCAAUGUAAAGCUACUUUUCUAGUUUAAUUAUAUUUCUAUCAAUAUGCUUCUUUCUAGUUUUUAGGUAAUGAGGGCUACUUUGUCUCUUAUUUAAGGGAAUAAUUGUAAUGUUGUAUUUUGAGUUAAAUAUGUCAUAUUGUAAACAAAA